AUGGCGGGAAACACAGCCGGCGCCUCCUCCUCAAGAUGGUACCGACCCAUGCCCGGGUUUGCCCCGCACCAGCCGGCGUUCAAGCACCGCUGGGGAGCUAAGCUGCUCGGUGCGACAAUGUGGUUCUGGAUCUUCUACCGCGCUAAGAACGAUGGUGCUGUUCUCUUGGGCUUGAAACAUCCCUGGGACGGUCACCACGGCCACGACGAGCACCACGACGAACACCACUGA